AUGACGAAGUGUCCCGAACUCCUGCAGCCGCUAAAAGUUGGGCGCUACACGCUUCGCAAUCGGAUGGUUAUGGCUCCCUUAACGCGUUGCCGAGCAGAAGAAGACACCCAUGUGCCACGGACAGAUUUGAUGCUCAAAUACUACGAGGACCGGGCGUCUGCAGGCCUGAUCGUCGCCGAAGCCACGAUGGUUCAGCCAAACUACACUGCUUUCGUCUCGGAACCCGGCAUCUACUCCGAUGCUCAGGUGAAGGAGUGGAAAAAAAUUGUGGACGCGGUGCACGGAAAGGGCGGCCUUAUUUUCCUACAACUCCAUCACGGCGGCCGAGCCGGGCUUCCGUACAAGAUACUUCGACAGAAGAAAAGCGACAAGGACCCCCUUGCCGGACGCUUGCUCGGCGCGAGUACACUCCCCAUCGUCGGACAUAAGAUUCCUCCUUUUUUCAGCGAAAGCGGCGAGAAGGAGCCCUACGGCGUCCCGGAGGAGCUCACGGACGACGAAAUUCGGAACGGCAUCAUCCCACUUUUUGUGGAAGGGGCCAAAAAUGCCGUUUUCAAGGCCGGAUUCGAUGGCGUUGAAAUUCAUGGUGCCAACGGCUACUUGUUGGACGGCUUUCUUCGCGACUCCGCCAACAACCGCCAGGCCUCUCGGUACGCCGGAAACACCAUCGACACCCGAUGCCAACUCAUCUACGACGUCACCAAGGGAGUGUGCGACGCCGUGGGAAAUGACCGUGUGGGCCUCCGUAUCUCCCCAUUAAACUCCGCUGGGGGAACGAAGGACUCCGACCCAGAAGCUCUAACCAAGCACCUCUGCAAGAAAAUUGAGCCGCUAUCUCUCGCCUAUCUGCAUUUCCUGCGUGGAGACAUCUUUGAAGAGGAACAAGGGGACGUCGUCCCGUGGGUUCAUGACAGCUACAAGGGCGUGAAGAUAUCCAACCUGCGCUACAGCAUCGAAGAGGCAAACCAACAAAUAAAGGAAGGCAAAGUUGACGCAGUGGCUUUUGGAGCCAAAUUCAUCGCCAAUCCCGACCUUGUUGAAAGGGUCACUCAUAACUGGCCCCUCGCCGAACCGCGAAAGGAGUACUACUACACACGGGAUGCGGUCGGAUACAACGACUAUCCGAAAUACAACAAACAAUAA